UCCCGUCUUCUCUCUGACAGAUGUUUGGUUGGUCGAGUACUACGAGGCGGCAGCCACUACUACUCGUGCACGCUCGAAUUUAAAAUACAAAAGCACAUAAGAGAGAGAGAGAGAGAGCAAAAGCGAACGACGGAACGAAAACCGUUAAGCGAAAUCAAACGCAGUUAGUGCAUUCGCCUGACAAUACACACACCAGGCCCAGUACGCAUUUUUGUGUACGCUAGUUUGCUGUACUGAAGUUCAGUAGCACACCAAACUGCAGCGAAACUCUUGUUUAUUGUUUAGGACGAUAAAUUGUGAAAGUACUAGGUGAAUAGCGAAAUUUCCGUGGAAAGAGGCAGUGAUAGACGGAGAAGUCUCGAGCGUGCGUUGAGUGGUUAAAAGGCACGCUAAAACAAUAAUACGCAAGGCUCCGCGGCCAUAUACCCCCCUUUGAGAGUUCGCCCAAUAAACGAGAAAAAUGGAUCCAUUCACUACUCGUAUCAUAGAGCGUGCUAAAGCCAGGAGAGAAAAGCUGAAUACUCAACUAGCUAACACUGGUCAUGAUGUGUCAAAAAGACCUCUCAGAGAAGCUAAUAUUUUAUCUCAGGCUCCAGUUAUUACAGAAACUAUUUUUAAAAAAUCGCCUCAAAAACAAACAGAAGUAUCUGUUUCUCCAAAAGGAUCUCCCGCUAAACUUGCUAGAAGAUCUUCGCCAUUAAAAAAAGAAGAAGAUACUACAAAAGAAAAUGUUACCAAAUCAAAAUUACAACGAUUAGGAAAAUUGUACUCUGAAGACAAAGCCUCAGAAUUAAGUUCGCCAAUACAUAAAAAUGAAGAAAAAUUCGCUGUGGAAGAAGUGAAACCUGGUAACAAAUAUAAACCUGCUAGAUUGCAAAGAUUAGCUGCCCUUGCUACUGACAUCAACAGUUGGGAAGAUGAUUUAUCUCAUCCUACAAUUGAGAAAAAAACAGUAUCUAAAGCUGAAAGAGUUCAAGCUCGAAUGAAUGAGCAAGUAAAAGGUGGAUUUGAACCACAACCUAGUACAAGCGGACUGAAUGGUUCUAAUAAAAGUAACAGCCCUCUAAGACAUAAACUGGAUAAAUCGGUUUUUGAAAAUUUGGAAACACAGGGAUUUACCCGAUCCCCGCAUAAUUCCCGGAUUGUGUAUGAUUACAAUAAGAGUUGUUCCCAGGAAUCAAAAAAUUCGUCGAGCCAACAGCGAUCACCAGUGAGGUCUCCAGUAAAGUCGCCAGUGAAGUCUCAGUUUUUGAGGAAUCAACCAUCGACCAGCAGCUAUUCGAGAAUCGACGAAAAACCCGCCGUUAAUAGCAAACGCGCGUCUACGAGUCCCGUGAAAAGUAAAACGCCAGAGAAACAAUUAACGAAACCGCAGACUAGUGGAUCGAGUUCUCCAGCUUCGCCAGGUUCGGUGUUGAGUAAAGCGUCGAUGUUUGAGACCAAAGGUUCAACUCCGAAGACAAAGGACCCUACCGAGAUGACGUUGUCCGAGAGGAAGGCCCUAUUUGAAAGGAAUAAAGGAGAAGCUCUAAUUCCCAAAGCGCCACUCACGAUGUCUGUUCCUACAAAUAAGCUUUUUGAAAAAGGGAAACCGUCCUCUCAGCACAACGAUAAUCAGACGAGUUGGCGACCAAAAGUCGAUACCGGACGCGCGGUAGAAGCUCAGCGUAAUAUUUUCGAACAAGGUAAACGCACCCAAGAAUUGGAAAAUGAUAUUUUACACAACGUUCAAGCUGAGCGUAUGCGAGAACUUGAAAUGCUAAGGAAUCGAUUCCAUCGUCGUCCGGAAACAACUUCAGCUACCCAUAAUGCUGGAUUGAGAACGAGCGAGAGCAGCGAAGGAAAGGGUUCACCUAAAAAUUCUCUAGUUUGUCCAGUAAAGCCGACACCAGCCCCUGAGAAUUCUGCUCCUCCGCCUCCACCUCCUCUACCAACUAUUAGACAAAAUAGCCCUACAAAGACAUCACCUUUCAAAAAACCUGCCAUUUUAGAACCUAAUUCAGGUUCGACGGAAACGGACACAGAGUACACCACUGAGAGUACUGAGCCCGAAACUGCAGCGUUAGACAAUCCGACUGAUACAGACAUCUGCACAGAAGCUGAAUUUUAUCCAAAUGAUGAGUAUGAGAGCGAUGAUGAUAUUGGAAAUACAAGUCUCGGCCGCAGUAUUUUAAGAGCUGUAAGCCAGCAGACAACACUUCAUAAGAAGAGAUCAAUAGAACCUGAUCCAGACAGCACAACGUCUGAUAUUUCAGUGCUGGAUGAAAUGGAUGAGUAUCUCGAUGAAUGUCUUGCUCUUCAAGGUUUCGACGAAGAUGGACCAACACCACCUAAACUCAACAAAAGUACUAAGAGUCCUUCUGCUAUUUCUAAUAGCUUCAACUAUUCGCAUGGGUACAAAUCUCCAAAAGUUCCCACUCCUACAAAAUCACCUCAAACGUCAUAUAAUCCCGGGAAUGCCUAUAAUUCUCCUCUUGUACAUAGUGUCAGCAUGUACAGAAAAAUGAAAAAUCAAAAUGUUAAAUCACCUGUUCGAGUAAUAACUCGAGUUCCGGAAGUUGAUGGUACUACUUCGGAUUCUGCAGUCGAUGAAGUACAAGAAGCUGUUUUGGUUCAAGAAAAAGUGAGAAGAUUGCUGGAUGACGUUCAAAAGCAGAAUACUAUAAUUGGUCAAGCAUCUCAAGCUUUGAAUUUGUGUAUUUCGACAAUAGAAUUCACAAACUCUCAAGAGCAAGUUGAAGGGGAGAGAUUACUCUUAGUUGCAUCUCAACGGAGGCAAGCUGCGUUGAACGAAGUGCAACGUUUGAAAGUUGAAGGAUCGUUGAGGCCCGCUGUUCCUGGUACUCCUGAAAUUCAAGAGAGUGGUUCUGUAACUAUUUCAGCAAUUACUCUACCCUUGAAAAAAGAUUUUUACCGUAAUCAAGAGGAAGAUACGUGUUUACAUUUUGUAUGUCUUGUGCGUCAUUUAGAAACAGUACUAGCCACUCCAGUUGUUCAGGCUCAUCCAGGAGACUCUUGUGUACGUUUCCCGUCAACGUUGAAGUUACAAGAUUUAUACAGUGACUUCAAAGUAACAAUUGAAGUUUAUUCAUUACAAACUCGGGCUGAAAUCCUCCCUCAUGAUAUUAAAUAUCAUAUUCACUCCAGUGGUAAUAAAAAGUCUGGGAAAACUCCUAAAAAAACUAAGCACGAGAACAAGUUAGUAAUGCCUAAUCUUCACAGCCCAGCUGGUGCCUCAGCAACAAGGACAACUUCAUUCUCUUUAUCUGGUUAUAUGAUUUUCAGUUUAACAGAGGUUCAAAGACACCAAUUUACCUUAAACAAGGUUCCAUUUUCUUCCCCAUUAGAGGGUCGCUUACAGAUGCAUACUUCGUGCGAACUGCAAGUAUCUGUUGAUCACCGAGGAUUUUUAACCAUGUUUGAAGAUGUAUCGGGUUUUGGAGCUUGGCAUCGUCGAUGGUGUUUACUUAAAGAAGGGACAAUUUCUUAUUGGAAAUAUCCCGAUGACGAACGCAAGAAAACUCCUAUUGGCAGUUUAGAUUUACAAACUGUAACAACUACUAACGUGAAUUUGGUAUCACGAGAAAUUUGUGCAAGACCUCACACAUUUAUGUUGGAAACAACGAGGCCAUCUGAACCAGAAGAUGCAAACAGUCUCAUAAUGGUAUUGAAUGGAUCAACAACAACUAUAAGACACCUGUUAGCAGCUGACACAAAAGAAGAUCGAUUAGAAUGGUGUGCUAAGUUGAAUAAAACUUUGCAUCUAAUUCGAACUUGGGGAGGCAAUUCGACGUAAAGAAGUAAUAUAAGAUGAUCGAUUUGCUCCAUUUUUUUUUAUUUACUAUAAGAAAAAUAUUAAUUUAUAUAUCCUAGACAAAAUGAAAAAUGUAGGUAUCGUUUAUACAUUAUUUUUGAUGAUGCUGCAAAGAUAAUUGAUGCAAAAAUAAAUACAUAAUUGUAGAUUAUUUCACGACUAUACUAUUUAAUAAUUUUAAUAGGAUUUAGCUUAAAACAUAUAUACUUCAAAGCUACAUAAGACUUACUUUCGGCAAGUUUAAAAGAUACGCGCUUUUGACAAAAAAACGUCAUUUGUAGUAAAAAAAAUUGUCGUUCAUCACAAUUAAGAAUCUUUAAUUUUACAAUCGAUAAAUAUUCGGUUAAUGCGCUGGUAAAAUAAUUAUUUAGAAUAAAAAAUUAGAAGCAUUGUUAACUUUGAGAAAAAUGGAAAAUUGUAUUCACCUGUUUAAAGGUAGUUUUGGUAUUUUUUACGAAUUGAGGAUAUUGGUUAAAACUGAAUGUAUAUUCUACUAUUAAAAAAUUGUACAUAGAACUAAUUUACUUUAUUUACAAUGACAUGAUUAAAAUAAUUAAUAUAUGUUGAUUUAUGUAUAUUACUGUAUGAACUCUAAUUGAAUGAUAUAUUAUUACACAUACAUAGUUUAUGCAUAUAUGUAUUAAUACAUAUAUUGACAAUUAAAAGCUUUUCCCAUGCUAUAAUUAAUAUGCUAUUCGUUUGUCUAUGGUAAAACAACAAUUUCUUAGUGUAUUAGUAAAAACUUGUAUUAAAGUUGUAAGAAAUUUGACCAAUAAAUCUGAUAGUCAUAUGAGAAAA